CUCCGACUGUUACAGUAUUUCACUCAACACGUCUUGGAUACCUAGGCGAGUACCGACCUAAAAGUCAUCCCGUCCUCCCGCCAGCUUAGGAUCAACGCUACUUCUUGCAAGCUCGGUGCCAUGCGCUACAGAAUCUUGAUAUUCUUCAGAUAUCUGGAGUCUCAGGACUAGGCUAAUGAAGUCUACUACCUAUCACUUAUAUGAAAGACUAACGGAUAUGAUUACUGAGCAUCGGACGGAAGCUUGUCGUCUAUCAUUUCAAUCUUCCAUUGACGGACGUCCAGGCUAACCGCUCGUCAAAGAAAUACCAAUGAGCUACACUGUCCAAUACCUAGACAAGUGGCAAUGGUUGUCAAGGUUGUGACACCAUGACCCUGAUGGAGGUAGCCAAAGAAUAGCCUUGACAAAUUUCGUCCAAUAUCACGAGAAGGCCUUGACUAUAUAUCCUACCUCAUCUUAGCAAUCACCGAUUGCAUCUUGAUAGUCCAUUGCUUCGCAGUUGACUCUCAUUAUUCAUUUCUUGAUUACCGCAGAAUAUCAUGAAUAAAUCUGCGUCUUCCAAGAUUCCAUCCUUCGGCCUCCCGGAGAACUGAAACGCCAAAGACAACGAUGAAACCCAGUGCUACCCAUUCUCAUCAGCGCCACUCGCCAUCGCGAUAAACAAGUGGCUGCCGGCCUUUUUAGCGUUCAACCCGCCCCCAGGGUUCAGGGGACCAGCCGCUAAAUAAUCCGCGGGGUACAGCGGCAAGCGCGUGCUACCAAGCCGGAAAGAGUGCCCGUUUUCUUGAUCGGCAAAGUUGUGGUGGUUUUGUCCGUGAUAAGAACACCUUCGAAGAAUCUCUCAUUCUCGGCGCGGAAUCAUCGCUUUGGCCUGGGCAGGCUUGGCACAACUGGCCUGCAAUCUCCCUUCCGUCUCUCUCUCUCCCUCGCUCGUGCUUUUUCCAGUUCUUUCUUUGUUUAUGCGACAGUGCUCCUUCCCUUUCACCUCUGCACAUCGAAAGAGUUCAGGCAGACUCAUCUGUACAAAACCAACUUGCGACCUUCAUCCAGAUCGAUCAAGUUAUCGUCCCCCUCUUUGAUCGCAUCUAUUCAUCUCCCGAUAUAGAAGUCAACCCAGGUGCAUCAAAUUCAUCGCAGCAGCCGCCCAGCCUAUCCGAGUUCCUGGAACUCUGGACCUCGGACAUUCCCCAUCCCAUCCCAUCCGGUCACCACACACAAAAACAACACAAACAAUGGCCAUCGCCACGCUUCUACCCAGGCAAACCUACUACUACCGCAACUGCACCCGAGACGAAGAUGGCUUUCUCAUCAGCGACGAAAACUGCUACAUCUCCUUCUGGAACACAAAGGCCGGCAUAAUAGUCAAAUGGUCCCUCUUCCUCGCCAUCCUCCUCUCCCUCACCCUCUACCUCCUAAUAGGCUACUUCCACGCCCGGAAACGCGUCCGCUCCGGCCUCCCCCCGCUGGGAUACCACCGCUUCCUCGUCAACCGCGCCACCCUCGCCCAAGUCGACCCCCGAUAUCGAUACCCCCAAUCCACCUUCACCCCUUACAACCACAACGGGGACGGGUAUCAAUACUACAACAUGCAAGGAAUGCCACCACCACCAGUCUACGAUCCCAACGCGCCACGGCCGCCGGUUUACGAACCGCCUGCUGGAGUCUCUAAAUAUGGGGAGGGUAAUGGGAAUGGGACGACACCACCACCACCGCAGGAUAAUGGGUAUAUCUACUCCCCACCACCGGGACCACCACCACCAGCGGUGGUCGCGCCAGUGCCAAGUAGCAGCUUGAAUGAGCAGUACGCCCCUCCCCCUGGGCCACCACCAUUCACACUACAACCUCAAGGAACGGGGAAUACCAACAACCCGUUCAGGAGCUAGAAGAGACGGUAUCGGAUUGGGAAGGCAGGUAGCAGGGUAGGGUUUUGGAAUAGGAUGAGGAGUGAGCGUAAUUUGUAUAUAUGAUUGAUCCCCUGGUGGGAAAGGACCACGGAACAGAAUAAAGGAGGGAAAGCUUGACCAUGUUCAAUGCUCAACCUGUGGGCAUUAAUGGGGUUUCUCGAUUGAGAAGGAGAAGGGCGCGGAACGCCAGCAGCUCUCACGAGUAGGGUUCACUCUGGAAUUACCUACGUUAUAGCAUUCAUUACAAACAUGCCUAAAUACACCUAAUAUUACAAGCAGCGCAAGAGC